CUGAGACCUGCGAGUGCGGCCCGCGCGGAGCGGCGACGGCGACAGUGCCAGCGCGCACUAGUUAACUUGGCACCAUGGGGAUACACGGAUUACUGCAGUUCAUCAAAGACGCUUCUGAACCCAUCCACGUGAGGAAGUAUAAGGGGCAGGUCGUAGCUGUGGAUACAUACUGCUGGCUUCACAAAGGAGCCAUUGCUUGUGCUGAAAAACUGGCCAAAGGUGAACCUACCGAUAAGUAUGUAGGAUUUUGUAUGAAAUUUGUACAUAUGUUACUAUCUCAUGGGAUCAAGCCUAUUCUCGUAUUUGACGGAUGCACUUUACCUUCUAAAAAGGAGGUGGAGAAGUCCAGAAGAGAAAGACGACAAGCCAAUCUUCUUAAGGGAAAGCAGCUUCUUCGUGAGGGGAAAGUGUCAGAAGCCAGAGAAUGUUUUACCCGCUCUGUCAAUAUCACGCACGCGAUGGCCCACAGAGUAAUUAAAGCUGCUAGGUCGCAGGGAGUGGAUUGUCUCGUGGCUCCAUACGAAGCGGACGCACAGUUGGCCUAUCUUAACAAAGCUGGUAUUGUCCAAGCAAUCAUUACAGAGGACUCUGACCUACUCGCUUUUGGCUGUAAAAAGGUGAUUUUAAAAAUGGACCACUUUGGAAAUGGACUGGAAAUUGAUCAGGCUCGGCUAGGAAUGUGCAGACAGCUUGGCGAUGUGUUCACAGAGGAGAAGUUCCGUUACAUGUGCAUCCUUUCAGGCUGCGACUACCUCUCUUCGCUGCGUGGGAUUGGACUGGCAAAGGCCUGCAAAGUGCUGAAACUAGCCAAUAACCCAGAUAUUGUGAAGGUUAUCAAGAAAAUGGGACAUUAUCUCAAGAUGAAUAUAACAGUACCAGAAGAUUACAUUGAAGGAUUUAUUCGGGCCAAUAAUACCUUCCUUUAUCAGCUGGUUUUUGAUCCCAUCAAAAGGAAACUCGUCCCUCUGAAUGCCUAUGAAGAUGACAUUGAUCCUGAAACAUUAAGCUACGCUGGGCGGUAUGUUGAUGAUUCUGUAGCUCUUCAAAUAGCACUUGGAAAUAAAGAUAUAAAUACUUUUGAACAGAUUGAUGACUACAAUCCAGACACUGCUACGCCUGCCCAAUCAAGAAGUCAUAGUUGGAAUGAUAAAACAUGUCAGAAGUCAUCUAAUGUUAAUAGCAUUUGGCAUAGGAAUUAUUGCCCUGGAGUUGAGCUGGAUGUUGUUUCAGAUGCUCCAAGGUUGAAGGAAAAGCCAAGCACUGUGGGCAUUGAACAAGUGAUUAGUGCUAAAGGGCUAAAUCUUCCAAGGAGGUCAUCCAUUGUGAAGAGACCAAGAAGUGAAGAGCUGUCAGAAGAUGAUCUGUUGAGCCAAUAUUCUCUUUCAUUUACAAAGAAGACCAAGAAAAAUAGCUGUGAAAGUAAUAAAUCAUGGAACUCUGCUGAAACGUCCCUGCCUGACCUGGUGGAUGGAACUACUAUUAAAAAAAGCUUAAGCACACCACCAACGACAAGAAAUAAAUUUGCAGCAUUUUUACAGAGAAAAAACGAAGAAAGUGGUGCAGUUGUGGUUCCAGGGACCAGAAGCAGGUUUUUUUGCAAUUCUCUGGAGUCCACUGAUUGUGUAUCAAAGACAGCAAGCAGCCAGCCUCUAGAGGAAGCCACUGUCACAGAUAAGGAGACCAGUGUAAAUAACUCGGAUUGUCCAGAUGGCCAGAGUCUGGUCGAUAGGACUGUAGCGCCUAGCUCAAGUGAUCAGAUUCCGGAUGAGGCAACUGGGACUGCUGAUGAUGAGGCUCAGUCUUCUGAAACCGACAAAUUCACAAGGACCAUUUCACCACCCGCUCUGGGAACACUCAGAAGUUGUUUUAGUUGGUCGGGCAGUCUUGGAGGUUUCUCGAGAACCCCGAGCCCCUCUCCACGCGCAGCACUGCAGCAGUUCCGCAGAAAGAGCGAUCCCCUCACGCCUCUGCCUGCCGGUAAUGAGACGUCUGAACCCUCUCAGUUAAAGAGCCAGGAGGCAGGUGAUGAGCCUCAGCCCUCGCAGGAGGCGCGUUGGUCCUCACAGUCUCAGGAAAGCGUGGAACUGUCCCCACACAGUCUGAAUGUAUCAAGCCUUUCCCAGCCUUCUAGUAAGGAUUCGGAUUCAGAGGAAUCUGAUUGCAGUUUUAAGUCAAUUGGUAGUCAAGGUAAUCAGAAAUCCGAGCUACAUUUAUCUCAUUUUUCGAAAAAAGACAUGCUUCUAAGGAACAAGGUUCCUGGGCUGUAUAAAUCCAGUUCCGUGGACAAUCUUUCUACUACCAAGAUCAAACCUCUUGUGCGCGCCAGAGUCAGUGGGCUGAGCAAGAAACCAGCAAGCAUCCAGAAGAGAAAUCAUCAUGAUGUGGAGAACAAGCCAGGGUUGCAGAUAAAAAUCAAUGAGCUCUGGAAAAAUUUUGGAUUUAAAAAAGAUUCUGAAAAGCUUCCUUCCUGUAAGAAGCCCCUGUCUCCAGUCAAAGAUAACAUCCAACUGACUCCGGAAGCAGAAGACGAUAUAUAUAACAAAUCUGAAUGUACGCGUGUACAGAGAGCAAUAUUCCAAUAAACUCAGGCAGCUGGGAGGCGGCUGCCCUCAGGAGAAGCCCUAUCAAUUUGAAGUCCUGUUUGGGAGUGAGGCAUUUACCAGUAUAAAAGAUUUGUUCUUAGAUCUAUACCAUUUUUUUAAGUAGAGUCCAUUUUGUAUAUUAACUGUAAUUGUUUAUUUUGUUCAGCUUUUUAUAUUUUCAUAAGAAGCUAACUAGAGAAGUAAUCUUAUCUUUGACAGUUCUUGGGAGUUUUAAU